CUCAUUGCCAUCCCUACUUCCCAUCGGCUCACUAAACCCUUCUUCAACCCUUCCGACAGAUUCCCCUGCUUCUUCCUUUUCCCCUUGUUUUCCCAUCUAUCUCCGGAGCCAAAACAACUCAAAACAUUCGUCUUCAUGAGGAACCUCCAUCUCUUCAGCCGCGAGCCACCGUCUUCCACAUUCGCCAAGUUUGCCGCCAAAAUGUGCUGUACAGCCGCCGGUCAAUUACUUCGAUCUCUCUGCACAACCACUGCUGAGUGUUCUCCCAAAUCCCAACAGCAAGACAGCGCAAUCGAUAGUGGUAAGACAGGGAAAUGGUUCAUUCUGCCACCGUUCAGUUCCACGGUGAACGGCACCGCUGCGGGGAAAGCACUAUCCUCCGCAGCUACCGCCGGGAAAGCAUCCACCGAAACCACGGCACUCAAAUGGGUCCUCCGGUGCUGUCCUGAGCUCCCCAGAAACCUCGUGCAGAAGCUGUUCCGGUUAAGACAGGUCCGUAGAGAAUCAGCUCAGGAGGGCCAGGUCAAAAGAGUGACGGCUAAGGAUUCAAUGAAUGUAGGGGACAAAAUAUUACUCCCUGGUUCAGUUAAUGUAUCGGUUACUGAGAAGGAGUUGCAUUGCAGUGAAGAAGAAGUGGAGUUUAUUCGUAGCCUUGUGCUGUAUAAGGAUCCAGCAAUUAUUGUAGUCAAUAAGCCUCCAGGUCUGCCUGUUCAGGGUGGCAUUGGCAUCAAGAGAAGCUUGGAUGAAUUAUCUGCAACUUGUUUAAGUUACGACUACUCAGAGCCCCCACGUCUGCUUUUUACGUUGAGUAAGUGAAGCCUUAGCUUGGUGAAUGUUUUUAGGUUCAUAGACUAGACAGAGAUAGCAGUGGGAUACUGGUAAUGGGAAGGACACAAGCAAGCACGACAUUUCUGCAUUCCAUUUUCAGGGAGAAAACUUUUGCAGCACCAGACAAGGAUGCCGGUAGGAGAAGAAGAAUCCUGCAAAGAAGGUACUGGGCGCUAGUCAUUGGAUCACCAAGACGUGCAAAUGGGAUCGUUUCAGCUCCCCUUGGAAAGGUGGUUUUGGAUGAUGGAAAAUCUGACAGAGUAACAGUAAUUGAAGAUCCUGAAAACACUUCCUCUCAGCAUGCCAUAACACAAUACAAAGUAAUUAAAGCAUCUUCUCAUGGCUAUACUUGGUUAGAGCUUUGCCCUCUCACUGGAAGAAAGCAUCAGAUUAGGGUACACUGUGCUGAAGUACUAGGAACUCCUCUAGUAGGGGAUUUCAAGUAUGGUUGGCAAGCUCAUAGGAAACUGAAGCAGUUGUCACAGUGCAAUCUCCAGAGUGACCGUAGUGGGGAACUUGUGGACAAGAAAAGGCUUCCAUUGGGGCUUGAUUUGGGAAAUGGAAGUGUAUCUGAUAAAACUCCACGGUUACAUCUCCACUGCAGGCAAAUGGUUUUACCUGAUGUGUUCCAGGCUUUGGAAGACAUCGAAACACGUGGCGACUAUGAUUUCUCGCGGCUGAAAACCCUCAAAUUCGAUGCUCCUUUGCCUCGGUUUAUGGACCAGAGUUGGAACAUUUUGAGUUCCUGAAGAAUUUAAUGCAGGUGAUAUCAUAGGGAAUGAAAGAGGAGAUGCUAAGUCACUCAUGCUAGCUAUAUAUUGGCUGCUAUAUCACGAAGAACACUUCGGUUAGGCCACUCCUUUGGUCGGGCUAUUUGCAAAUUGCAAUGUCAGAUCUUCUUGAGGGUUCGAAAUGUCUUGUGUCAGAAGAUAUCUCCUCCCUGAAGUUGCUUGAUGUUCUGGAAAGUAUUGAACUUACUAUCUUUGUGUUUCAUAUGAUGUUAUUCAUUCACUCGUACUAGUGUCGGUAUCGAUACGCCAAGUUGGCUUGUCGAUGAAAGACUUGACUGUUCUUCAGAUCGAUAUCAGGUUCUGCAGAAACGGGGAGUCACCCUGCCCAUCCUCGUCACUGUUACUAGUCAUUCAGUCUUCCUGGAUGACUCGUCAGAGACGUAGGACACACGGUACCACUAAUGCUUUUGGGGAACCAAACAAAAUUUGCUUGCCUGGAGAAGAGGCUGUUGACUUGAAGAAUAUUCAAACUUGCAUACCGUAGUUUCCCCAUAGUAUGGAAUCUAACCGCCACUCACGUAGAAUUCACCUUCAUAUCCCAAUGGACGUAUGGCUAACCAAUAUUCGUUUGGUUUUGGUGAUAGUUAAAUCAAUGCAUUGUAAUCAAUGCAUGCAUAAUAAUAUACAUGUAUAU